AUGACUAAGUUACGUUUCUAUAAUUGUUGUGGAAUCAUUGACUUACAACGAGGUGUUGUUCUUAUUACAAUAUUUGCUUUGCUUAAUAAAAUUUCCGGUUUUUUCGGGAUACCAACAAUUUUUGAUGGAGGUGGAACAUCAUCCAUCAUUUCAUAUAUAUAUUCGAUCAUUGCAUCAAUAGCAAUUACAUAUUUUCUGCUUUAUGGCGUUUUCCCGGAAAAUCCGAAGAUUAUCAGAUACUAUUCUCAUUUUUAUUGGAUGGAUUUAUUCAUAAAUGUAUUAUUUACAUCAAUAUUUGGAAUUUGGUGGUAUUUGAUAACGGACCAUUUAUUAUUGGCGGAAACUGAAAAACCGAAACAAAAUAAUGAAUUGAUUAAUAAUAAGGAGGCAGUUAAAGUAUUGGAAACUUCAACGUUACCAGCAUGGAAAGCUGAAUCUGCCAUUGCAAUCAUUAUUUUGAUCUCAACAGCACUUAUACAUGGUUAUUUUGCUCUUGUGAUUCAUUCUUAUGCAAAUUUCGUACAAAAAAAGAAACCCUAUUAUCCUUCUUCAGGAAUUAUUCCUGUUCCCCGUGUAUCAUCAUCCGGGACAUCAUUAUUGAAACCGGAGGAUAAUUCUCGUAGACAUUUAAGUGUUGAGUUGGAAGAUGAGGAAUUACCAUUUAAUUAUUAA